AUGGAGGGGCCUUCCGCUCCAAGCAUUGCCUCUGCUGGCGAAGCUGUGGCGCGCAUUGCAUAUGCUUCAAGCGACGUAGUCGUUUCUGUCCAGCCCUCUCUCGCUACCGAUUCCGAAUUCGCACCCUUCUUACGUUCGCUGAGCGCGAGCAAGAAGGCGGGCGUGGUAGCAAAGCAGCCAGAGAUUCUCCCAGUGCGGUACAAUGCCGACCCAUUGCUCUCCGUGUUCCAGCCGAUUCGGUCAGGCAAACUCGUCUCCGUCACUGCCAGCUCCCCGAUCCUCGUCAAGUCUAUACCCCACCUCUACAAACUGGCACAGUACCCGGUUGUCAUCCAUGUAUCCGUACAGCCCUCAGGCUUCCCGGAUUAUUCCGACAUAACCUCCAUCCGACAGUCUGGCUUUACCUUCAUCCAGUCUGAAACCCUCCAGGAAGCGCAGGACCUUGCCAUCACCGCCCACGCCCUUGCCAUCAAAUCCGGCAAGGGUGUUAUACACUUCUUUGAUUCGGAGAGUAUUGCUAUGAGCAAGGUCAUACCAGCUGAAAGCGAGGAACUGCUACGCUCGGUGUUGGAUCUGGGUGCCGUAAAGGCAUUCCAAAGCACCCCAUCCGGGGAAUCCAGUCUAUACGCAGAUGAUGGCCGAGUGGCGCAUCUCUCUCUAGCUCGAAGCCAAGCCAAUGCCACAACAGUCGGUGAACCCACUGGUCGUGUGAGCCCUGCAACAGACGGCAAGACUUUGACAUUGCCCGAUCGUUCCAGCGCACGAGAGUCCACCGAAGGGUCCUCGAGACGCGAGAGUAGCACUACCAGUGCCAAGUCAUCAUCAGCCGGUACCUCUGUUGAAUCUCUGGAACACAAGCAGAUCUCAUCCGAUGAAAUCUUCCAAUUUGCCACCGCAAUCUGGAAUACCAUCUCUACCAGCACUGGCCGCCUAUAUACUCCCUUUGAGUACACAGGACCGGACACAGCUGAAGCUGCGCUUUUGCUUUUUGGCGCGGAUACUGCACUAUUCGCUCAAGAGAUUGACUCCGUCGCUUCCACUACGCAAUAUGCAGGUGCUGGGAUCAUCACAGUCAGGCUCUAUCGGCCAUGGCUUGGUCGCGUCAUGGUUGAGUCGCUCCCAAAGUCUCUCAAGAGGAUUGCCGUGCUAGAACAAGUUCGCCGCAAGACCACCAAGUGGGGGCCGCUUCUCUUGGAUCUGUUGAUGUCACUCAAGACUGGUGGACAUAACCCGACCACUGUUGUAGGCCAUCAACUCGGUUAUAUCAGCCAAAGCACUGUAGGCCAGGCGCUGCGCGGUGUGUUCCAAAAUCUCUUGUCAGACUCCCCCAUUCAAAAUCUCCAAAUUGGAAAGCUUGAUGGGCCCCAGGACAGGCCAAGACCGGCCAAACUGGAGCAGCCUGCAAUUGAAAACCCGUACGUAAAGAUGCUUCAACAAGUCUUUGACCAACGACUCCUUGUUGCAAAUCAGUUAGGCAAAAGCCAUGCAGGCAUCUCACAGGAGAUUUCCUCGGGCCCUGAGUACGGCUUUGGGUCGCUACUGGCGAGAAAGGAGCACCGAAAACGGUUCAUUGAAGAAGUCCAAGCUGCUGCCAAAUCUCGUGAUUUUAUCACAGAUUCUCCGCAGCAAUGGCUAUCGCGGUGGGCUCUUGUAGCUGAUGAUGAGGAGAAGGCGGGGGCUUUGGCUACGGAAGUCAUCUCCAGACUUAGCAACGAUGGAUCGUCAGUGGCUUCCCAGCUACUAUCAUCUAAGGGACUCUUCUACAAGGAGUCGCCUUGGUUAAUUGGAUCCGAUGCCUGGGCAUACGACCUUGGUAAUUCCGGUGUCCACCACGUGUUGGCUUCCGGCGAGAAUGUCAACAUGCUCAUCAUCGAUUCACAGCCGUAUUCUGAACGAGCAGCAGCCGAUGCAGCCCGAAGGAAGAAGGACAUCGGUUUGUACGCUAUGAAUUUUGGCAAUGCCUAUGUCGCUUCUGUUGCUGUCUAUGGAUCAUACACCCAAGUCCUGGAAGCCAUGAUUGAAGCCGACAAAUUCGACGGGCCCUCUGUGAUUAUCGCCUACCUCCCAUACGAGAAAGAAAACGACUCCGCAAUAACAGUUUUACAAGAAACGAAGAAAGCGAUUGAUUCUGGCUACUGGCCACUCUACCGAUGGAAUCCUCGAGGAGACGAAAAGGGCGAACCAAACUUCCAGCUUGAUUCCGAGAGGAUCAAGAAGGAAUUGGAAGAGUUCCUAAGGCGAGACAACUACCUUUCUCAACUCAUGAAGCGGCAUCCAGACUUUUCCGCCAACUUGUCGGCAUCGUAUGGCUCAGAAGUACGGCAACUGCAGAAGAGGAAGGCAAAGGACGCGUACAGCAAACUGUUAGACGGUCUUGCAGGGGACCCAAUGACCGUCUUGUUUGCGUCCGAUAAUGGUAAUGCCGAGAAUCUUGCUAAGAGGUUAGCCCGUCGCGGUAAAGCGCGAGGUUUGAAGACGUUGGUCAUGGCGAUGGACGACUAUCCUUUGGAGGACCUUGCCAGCGAGCAGAACGUCGUCAUACUCACUAGCACAGCAGGCCAGGGAGAAUUCCCCCAGAACGGAAGAACUUUCUGGGAGACCGUCCGAGACUCUACGGAUAUCGACUUGGCCACUGUUAAAUUCUCAAUCUUCGCGCUUGGCGACAGCCAUUACUGGCCAAGAAAAGAAGACAAGAUCUAUUACAACAAGCCUGGCAAAGACCUCCAUUCAAGAUUCGUGACCCUAGGAGGAAAGCCGUUGACUGAGUGCGGCCUCGGAGAUGAUCAAGAUCCGGAUGCAUACCAGACUGGAUAUGCUGAAUGGGAGCCGCAACUAUGGCAAGCGUUGGGCGUAGACAAAGUUGAGGGACUUCCGGAUGAACCACCGCCAAUUACCAACGAAGAUAUUAAGAUCGAGUCCAAUUACCUUCGAGGGACUAUUGCCGAGGGUCUCAAGGAUACAUCUACGGGAGCAAUCUCGGCGGCUGAUCAGCAGCUCACUAAGUUCCACGGAACCUACAUGCAAGACGACCGCGAUCUUCGAGACGAAAGGAAAGCACAAGGACUGGAGCCAGCUUACUCUUUCAUGAUUCGUUGCCGACUUGCUGGUGGUGUUGCUACCCCCAAGCAAUGGCUGCAGAUGGACGAGAUCAGCACAAAGUUGGGCAACGAGACAAUGAAACUGACCACUCGGCAGACAUUCCAAUUCCAUGGUAUCGUCAAGGGAAAACUCCGACCAGCCAUGCAAGCUAUCAACAGAGCCCUAAUGACCACGAUCGCAGCCUGCGGUGACGUUAAUCGUAACGUUAUGUGCAGUAGCUUGCCCCAACAGUCUGUAUACCACUCCGAAGUUCACGCUGUCUCGCAAAAGAUCAGCGAUCAUCUCCUCCCAUCCACAACUGCCUAUCAUGAGAUCUGGUUGAAGGACGAAGAGACAAAAGAAAAGACACAAGUGGCUGGCAAUGCCAUUGUUGAUCAUGAACCGCUCUAUGGCCCUACGUAUCUCCCGCGAAAGUUUAAGAUCACGAUUGCCAUCCCUCCCCACAACGACACCGACGUCUAUGCCCACGAUAUCGGCCUGAUCGCUAUCAAAGGUUCGGACGGCCAUCUUGUUGGAUUCAAUCUUCUAGCUGGCGGUGGUAUGGGUGUUACCCAUAACAACAAGAAGACAUACCCUCGUACUGGCAGCAUGCUUGGCUAUGUACCCAAAGAGACCGUGCACAUCGCGUGUGAGAAGGUCAUGCUUGUCCAGCGCGAUCAUGGCGAUCGCAAGAAUCGCAAGCAUGCCCGUCUCAAGUAUACUAUGGACGACAUGGGGGUCGAUGUCUUCAAGGGCAAGGUCGAAGAAUUAUGGGACGACAAGUUCCAAGAGCCCCGGCCCUUUAAGUUCGACAGCAACAUCGACACCUUCGGCUGGCAAAAGGACGAGCACGGCAAUAACCACUUUACCUUCUUCAUCGAGAACGGCCGCAUCGAAGAUACCGCCGACUUCCCAAUGAAGACCGGCCUCAUCGAGAUCGCAAAGGUGCACAAGGGCGAAUUCCGCCUUACGGGCAACCAGCACCUCAUUCUCUCAAGCGUCGCCGACGCAGAUCUCCCCACUAUGAAGGAGCUGAUGGCCAAGUACAAGUUGGACAACACAAACUUCUCCGCCCUGCGCCUCUCCUCCUCCGCCUGCGUUGCUUUCCCUACCUGCGGCCUUGCAAUGGCCGAGAGCGAGCGCUACCUCCCUGAGCUCAUCACCAAGCUUGAAGGCGUCAUCGAAGAAACCGGCCUGCGCCAGGACAGCAUCGUCAUGCGCAUGACCGGGUGUCCGAACGGCUGUGCGCGCCCGUGGCUCGCAGAAGUCGCCUUCGUCGGCAAGGCGUUCGGCGCGUACAACAUGUACCUUGGUGGUGGAUACCACGGCCACCGCCUGAACAAGCUUUACCGAAGCUCCAUUAAGGAAGAGGAGAUUCUGGAGAUCAUGAAGCCGUUACUGAAGCGGUAUGCGAUUGAGCGGAACGAGGGAGAGCGGUUCGGCGACUUCUGCAUCAGGAUUGGGAUGAUCAAGCCGACGACUGAGGGCAAGACGUUCCAUGAGGAUACAGCGGAGGUGGAGAGCGAUGAGGAGUGAGUGAGCGAGCGUGGAGGGGUUUGUGCAUACUGUUCGGUCGUAUCUGUAAAUAUUUGAGAGCAUUUUGGUGUACAUGGCUAGGCAGUGGUGGCUUUUAGAGGGCGAUCGGAAAAAGUAGUCUAGCUUUUACUAUAGCAUUGCGAAUUCAAUCGAUUGAACAAAC